AUGAAGACUGCGUCUUUCAUCACUGCCGUCUUGGCUGGCGUUGUGGUUGCCCACCCCGGGAUGAACAUGGACAGAAUCAUGGCAGAGGCUGCCAUCCAGGCUCGUCAAUCUGGCGGCGGCGGCUCGACCGAGGUGCUUGGGGAUCUUGCAAAGCUGUCGGACGGCAAGCUCUCUAAGACCGGUCGCGAAAUCAAGGCCAUCCUGACUCUCCAGUCAAGCGGUCAAGACCAGGCCUCUACCUACGAAGCACCCGGCGGCAAGAACUCGCCCGAAUGCAAAGCCGACAAGUGUUGUAUCUGGAAGUUCAUCGCCGACGACAUGGCCAAGCAGAUGGUGGGCAACGCCGGCCGCUGCAACGGCGUUGCCCGCGCCUCCGUUCGUCUCGGUUUCCACGACGCCGCCUCCUGGUCAAAGACGUCAGGCGGCACCGGUGCCGACGGAUCCAUCAUCCUCGCCAACGAGUGCCACACCCGCGACGACAACAAGGGCCUCGAGGAGAUCUGCGACACAAUGCAAGGCUGGCACAACAAGUACAAAAAGUACGGCGUCGGCAUGGCCGACAUGAUCCAGUUCGCCGCCAACGUCGCUACCGUGGUAUGCCCCCUCGGCCCCCGCGUCCGCACCUUCGUCGGCCGCAAGGACACCACCACGCCCUCCCCGAAGGGUCUGCUCCCGUUGCCCUCCCAGAAGUCCGAGGAGCUUUUCAAGAUGUUCGCCGAGAAGUCGUUCACCCCGGACGGCCUCGUCGCGCUCCUCGGCGCGCACACCACCUCCCAGCAGCGCUUCAUCGACCCCAGCAGGGCCGGCGCCCCGCAGGACACCACGCCCGGCGUGUGGGACGUCGCAUUCUACGGCCAGACCCUCAACCCGAGAACUCCGCCCGCCGUCUUCAAGAUCCCCAGCGACGUCAGCAUCUCCAAGGACCCCAAGACCAACCCUACCUGGAAGGCGUUCAGCGCCGGUCCCCGCGGCCAGAUGGCAUGGAACCAGGCCUACUCUUCUGAAUACGUCCGCAUGUCCCUCCUCGGCGUCAACAACAUGAACGACCUCACCGAGUGCACCAAGGUCCUGCCCCCCUUCAAGGGCGCCGACUUCCAGAUGCCCGACCAGACCGAGCUCGACAAGUUCAUGAACGGCCUGCUCAAGUCCCCCGACGUCGUUCAGGCCCUCGACAAGGGCGACAAGAUUCCCCCCACCGCACAAUAG